ACACAAAUAAAUAAAAUCAUAUAAUGGAAGACUAAAGUAAAAUAAUUGAAAAUUGUAGGGUUAGGGUUUACACAACUAUAUUCCCAAGUUCAGUGUUGGAUAUAGAUUGAGCAACAGAGGAAACAUGUCGAAGAAGAACAACCUCGCCAAGAGAAAGAAGCAACACGAAUUCGAUCUCCGAAGGGAGAAGCAAGAGAAGGAGAAAAAACAAAAAAAGCUCCAUGCCAAGAAGAACAGGAUGAAAGUUGAUGGUAGUGACAAGAAAAAGAAGGGUGGAAGUGGAUUUCAGGUGGGGAAGAGAAAAGUGAAGACCAAGUUGACGGCUCUUGCUAAAGCUAAAGCUGCCCAGGCAAUGGAGCUUGACAAAUGAAGUUUGCUUUAGUGAUUUUAGGUGAUGCGUUGAAAAUGAUAGAUGACAGAGUUGUUCUAAGGUUCCAUAUUCUUGUUUGUUUAAUUUGGCUUGGCUAUACGAGAAUAUGACUAUGUGGCUGUGAGCUGUAUGCUAGUUUGACUAAUUUUAUUAUAGCUGUUUGUCUCCCUCUUACAAUUUUGCUGUUAAUCGACCAGCUACUUUUACUUUUACAUCUUGUAAUUGAUUGACAAAAUUUUACUCUUGAAUCUUCAUUUUGUUGUGCUUGCCGCCCAUACUUCGUGUCUUCCUCUCAAGUUGUUUGCAGAGGUGAAGGGAGUUUAGCAUUUUGUUUGAAGAUAAGAUAGAUGCUCUCUGUGAACACUGAAUGCAGUCCAUUGUUUGAAGAACUAUUUUAGGUUACUCGAUGUCCAUUGUAUACUGUACUGUUUUAAGUCUGAAUCCUUGCAUUGUAAGAG